AUGAAAGUGAACAUCGAGGCAAUAUCAGAUGCUCUAGACAGCAUUCUUGCUGCAGAAACAACCUUUUCAUCGGAAAACGCACACACGGCAUCCAUUCAUAGUCAGCCACUCCCCCUUUCACAAUCAAGCGUGAAUCCUUCCCAACGCAAAUGCUCAAAACCAAGACCACCGGAAGCGUCAGGAGCUUCUUUGUCGAGUGGCGAGUCUGGGGCUGCGGCUGACGCAGCAUUCGUUAUCGAGUCCUCUGUGGGUGCAAAAAAGACUACCCAGCAACUACAGGUUUCCCCAAGUGAUGGCCAUGAAAAAGCACUCUUUGCCAGGAAGGCGGAGAGAAAAGGUCGAUCUCCCAAGAUUACCACGUCGCACGAUCAAGAGAACUCGCCACAACUUAGUGGCACGGUGAAAAACACUGACACUCCAGCUGCAGACUUUUUUGAGUGUAUCAAAAGUGUCGAACUAGUUGCUUUCAAAGUCGUGGAAGCAACAGGCGUCGGUAUCAUAUCUGCACUACUGACGCCACAAAGCGUCGGACGGUGGUUUUCUUCAUCUCAGCUGCCGUCAAAGAGCUGGGUCACAAGUACUUCCCUUUCCCCUGAAGCUUGCGCGGUUUUCGAGCUUGAAAAUCGAUUGGACAUGCGGCGACGUAGAGAGCUGCCGUCCGACACGCCCAGCAGUAGAAGCAGCCCGUCUGUGGGAGGCAGCACUGGCACUUAUGUGCAGGACUUUGUUGCCGUGCUGUUAGUGGAGGAUGUUGCUGAGAGACAAUUGCUUCACCUCCAUUCUUCGGCUUUUCUCAAUCGCGAACGGGACCUUUUCAGUGUUGUCAUUGAAACCUCCAGCUCCCGGCGUGGGGGCUUCGUUACUGCCGCCUCUACCUCAGCCGCUCCCAGCAGUGUAACUACCCUCAAGAUACCGGGAACCCGUCUCAACGCCUUUGUGCGCAUUACGAUUAGUCCUCCAGCAAGUGAACCUAGCACAAAACUGAUCAGGGUGCGUGCAGUCUGUUUUUUUCGCUCAGAUAGCUGGUCGACACAGAAGGCAGCACCGGUGCAGAGAGGCCGUUCGUCUCUUAAGGGAGAGGUAAAAGCUACUUCGCAAGAGAGCGCAAAGGCAGCUCCUCAAGAUGCGCAGUCGGUUCGCGAACAGCCACAAGAAAGAGGCGUUACAGAAGCUGGAAAAACUCAGGCACCAUCACUGUCUUUGACGAAGCAUGAGCAGGAGCGGAAAGGUGAGGGAAUUGCACAUUUUGCUUUAUCAGAUCGCAACAUGGACGCUGAUGUUGCCGGAUUUGUGAAAGCUGUUGCGCUUGCGCGUUCACGCCAAGACAACGCAACACCGAAGCAGCCGAGCUUACGCGGUGGAUGCAACGUCGAAUACGAUUGGCUUUUAGACACAUUGGUGGACGUGUCAACGACCAAGGACAACACUUGUCGAAAAGCAAGCCUGCCUGAUGCAGGUGACGAGGCGCCGGUACUGGAGUACAUUCGCACUCUUCAGGCGUGGAACAGUGCACCAGCUUUGAGUGUGAACGCAGCAGUAACGUACUGCCUCUCUGAAACCACCUCCUUUUCGGCGAGUACGAUUUUUGCAACUGGGCUGUUUAGCCACGAAGCGCAAAAUCAUUUGUCGCAGCCAUUCAAACUUCAUUUUUUUGUAGUGUCUCCCUCUGAUGUCGAUCAAAGCAGUGAGCAAGCAUAUUCUUCAUGUGCUUGUCUGCCACCCGUACAUUUUUUGGCUGCGAUUGCUAAUCAGGCCGCCUUGUUAGGGUGCACUACGGAGCUUCUUUUUACCUGUCCGGAGAGCAGUGGGUUUGGCUGCGCGCUUCGGACACACAAUUGCACCUCCGGCACUCAAGACGCGCACUACAAGCUUAUUUUUGUUGUUCCCGUGCAGAGAAGCAGAGAUAUGAAUGAAGGUGGCACAACUAGUGUUAUGAAGUACCUAUUGCGCACUGCCUUGGGCAUUUUUCGUGGGCUCUCCGACAGGCGAGGUAUCUCUCUGAGUCAAGAAUGUCCUUUUUCUUCGUAUAGUACGCUGCAGUGCGCGAAACCGUGUGGCGCACUACGUCUGCUGAUCGACGGGACGCGCUGCUUUGAUGAUCUGAUUCCCGUUCUUGCAGAGUGGGCUGAAGUCUCAGGGAGCCUACGAUACUACGGCAGCGCAGCGCAGCGUACUCUCCAGCUACUAUUUUUCCCUUCCUGGUUGGCCAGCAGUGAUGGUGAAAGCGGGCGUUUCGGUGUUUUAUCUGAGCCUCGUCACGAGGCUCAGUGGUCCGGCCUAGAUCUCCGGCUAUCGGGUCUCUGGAGGAAGUGCACAAAUGGGGUGGACAGUGUAGCCGAUGACACCGUAGCCUUGGAGGCUGAGUACCACUGCCCGGCGACGUAUGUGUGGCAGUCGCGGCGCGGAGCACUGCGACUAGUCCUCACUAAUGCUCACUUUAUGGAGUCUUUCGCUCGCAUGGACGGGCUUGUGGCACCUUCUCCGCUUGUCAGCCUCGCCAUGAGCUACUGCAGAAAGGAGGUGGGCGGCGCAACGCAUACUCUACCACUAACUACUCUCAGCGAGUCACCGUGGAUGUCACUGCUGCAAGCCGCCGAGAGGUUGCGCGAAAGCACCACCGCGUCGGUCGUGACGUCGCGAAAUGAUGCUGCUGCCGACUUCUUUGCCCUGCGCCGUCGCGUUACUGUCUCUUUUGCUUUUCAUAUCCUCAGCACCGCUUUCAAGCGUGAAUGGGCUCGCGUGAGCGCUAGCAUUCCGCUGUGCAAUGGACAUAUCCGAGAUGCAACGCUUGAGCUUCCAAAUGUGCACGUAUCUUGUGUCGGAGAAAGAGUGAACGGUGGAAACGGCAUGAGCAGCGCUGUGGGACUUCUGGACGAGGAUGCUUUUAUAGACACGCUUCUUCAGUGGCAGUACCCGUUCCCCAACGUGGUUGUGUUACAUUGCACGGAUGUCCUAAGUGUUGCAGGCCCAUCUCCCUCGCUCACAUCGACAACAGCACUUUGCAGGCCGUCCUCAAGAGUACAAGAGGGUGUUCUGUCUCUCUUUUCAGAAGAAGUGUUGCACUCUUUCGCUUCCGUCUCUGGAGUAGAUGAGGCUCUGUCUUGA